GUCGAGGUCUAAGUGGUGAGGUUUGAACUACUGUUCGGUUGUGCACUUAUCACCAUGGUUGACACUCGCAGUGGGAAGAGCACCAUGCCGUAUAGCAAGGCCCAACAGGAGCAGGCCGCCGCCAUCCUCAGAGAGAGAAAAAAGAAGAAGGAGCUCCUUAAGCAGGCAAAGAUGAAGAUGAUAGCCGAGGAGCAGGCGGCGAAGAAAAAGAUGUUGGAGGAGGAGAUGAAAAGGUUGCAGCAAGAAGAGGAGGAGAAGAUGAGAGCUGCAGUAGAAGAAGAGGUUAAAGGGGAGAAAGAGCAGCUGGAAGAAGAGCCCCUUAGAAGGAGAAGACUGGGGGAAGGGGAAGGAAGCAGUGGUACGAAGGAAGAUGAUCCGUGGGUGGAGAAGAGGAUAAGUGAGUGGGUGGCUAAUUUGUCACUGGGAGAAGACGAAGAGGCGAUGCUCUAUAUACCUCAGGAGGAGAAGGAAGCAGCAAUCAGGGAGAUCGAGGCAACGAGCGAUCCCCUAGAACGUCAGGCCAUAGAGAAUGAGAAGAGGUUGGACUGGAAGUUGCGACUGGCAAGGGAGAAGAAGAGGAGGACGGAGGAAGCCAACACGAUUGCUAGAGAGGUGGAAAGUCUACAGACGUGUAGACAGGAAGUAGAGGCCCAGCCUGAUGUUCAGGCUAAGUUAGAUAAGAUCCUUGGGAGCAUCGAGCUCCCAGGUGGCGGGGGCAUUACGGAGACCGAACGGCAUGACGGUAAACUCGUAGUGUCCGAAAUGAGAACGGAAAGCGGUCUUGGGCUGGUCCUCCUCAGCUACGCAGAUCUGGUGAUAUCCACUACGAAGAUCGAUCUUCGUGAAGAAAUGGUGGCCAGCGAGGUGGUCAAACAGAUCAUCUGCGCGGGGCAUGGGAUAGUUGUUUUUGACCGUAUAGUGGUUGAGACUGCGGUAGUCAAUACAGAGAGGAAGGGUGUCGUCCUUCUUGCGAUCGAAAAGGACAGGGGCACUCCAUGGGGAAGUACUCGGUUUAAUGAAGCCCUGACGAAGCAACUCCUCAAGUUGGCGCUUGAGUUCCUGGGCUUCGGGAAUCGAAAGGCGAUAUGGGGCGCGACUCUGAAUGCGAUAGUUGGGCUCGAGAUAGAUUUGGUGCUCGAUAUCGCGCAUGGGAGGAAUACUGUUGUAGGAGACCGAUGGUGGGAAAACAUCGCGACACUCGCGAAGGAGAGCACCAAUGCUAGGCGGCAAGGAAGAAAGAAGGGGGUCAAAUUCCUUGAUGAAAGGGGCGACAGGCUGUGUCGCAAGGUUGGGAGGCAGGGGUUGACCUCCUUGGAGCUGGCGGAUGUGAUCAUGGGCCAGGAUCCCAACAUCAAACUCAUCAAGAUCAAUAAAGUAACAGGCUGUGGUCUCGGUAUGCUGCACGUCAUGACGGAGCGUGUUGCAGAGAGUGCCGAGCUGUCUACUGACGACGACGACGGCGACGGGAAGAGAGAGAGGGACAGGCCAGGGUCCGAUUUGCACGGAUUGCAUGGGAUUACUCGGCACUGCACGGGUUACGAGAAACCAGCGAUUGAUGACAAAGACGUUGUUCGCUGGAUAGAAGAAGAGCACCGUGCCGUCUGCCAAGAGGACGACAGCGCUGCGCCUCGGGUGAACAUAGAAGUCCUGGCUAUGGCAUUUAUGGAUGCAGCGGCUAACAAGGUAAUGAAGAUGGUGCCAACCAUAGCCAGGUUACAGGAGCCCCGACCAACCCUCCCGUGGGUGACAGACGAGGCGCGAGACAUAGGGUCUGUGUUGGAGGCCGGCAGAGCUCUUCUACCGGUCAACAGUGGCGCCGUUGCCGGGGAAGGCUGCCUCUCGGGACUUUGGUCCACCUGUAACCGCGGGAAUGUGAGAGGUUUGGGAGAAGAGGGCGACUGGAGCAGAGCAGACAAGGGAGAGCCAGCCGAUAGUGAUCGGGAUGAGCAGAUGAUGGUAGUACCCAUGGGAUGGACUAAUAGCGUAGCGGUCUUCCAAAGAGCGAUGGUAGCCGUCCUGGGAGAGCUAAUACCGAACCUGGCAGAGGUCUUCCUGGAUGACUUUCCAAUCAAAGGACCCUAUGAGAAGGACGAGACUGAGAUAAGACCUGGAGUAAGGAAGUUUGUCGCUACCCACGCUGAAGAUAUUAAGAAGGUGUUAGUGAAGUUGGAGGACGCUAAUCUGACAGUAAGCGGAACCAAAAGUAGAUGGGCAGUGUCUUCCAUAAAGAUACUAGGCUACAUCUGCGACAUGGAUGGUAGAAGGCCGGAUCCCGCGAAGUUAGAGAAGCUUAUGAACUGGCCUACUCCGCUACGGCAUAUUACCGAUAUACGUCAGUUUCUGGGGGUGGUUGGAUUCUGGAAGAACUUUAUUAAGGGCUAUGCUGGGAAGGCCGAACCACUAAGAAGGCUCUUGCGCAAAGGAGUGGAAUGGAGAUGGACGAGUGAGCAGGAGAAUACUUUGCGAGCUCUAAAGGAUGAAUUUAAAGAAGGGGGACAAGUUCUUGGUGUCCCUUACUUUGAGGAUGAGGAGAAGCGACCAUUUGUGGUAUGCACGGAUGCAGGACCUGCCUCCGUUGGGGGAGUCUUAGCUCAGAAAGACCAGGAGGGUCAUGAGAGACCUCUCAGAUUUGAGAGUAAGACCCUAAACACCACUGAAAGGAACUAUUCCCAGUUUAAGAAAGAGAUCCUCGGGGUGCUACACUGCUUGAAUGUCUUUCGACAUUAUAUUUACGGUCGAAGAUUCGUACUACGGGUCGACCCAAUGGCGGUGGCGGCCGUCUUACAGAAAGACUUUUCGUUGACUGAUCCCACAAUUACUAGGUGGCUCAUGCAUAUAAGAAUGUUUGACUAUGUAGUGGAGCGGAUAUCAGGGGCUAAGAAUUCGGUUGCAGAUGGCUUAUCGCGAAUUCCGUUAGACGAUGGGAACCUAGGGUCGCCUAGUGGGGUCGACAAGUUCUUACAAAUGGAGAUAGGCUCUCUAAAAGUGGAGCCUAGUGCGGGCAGGACUCCUCUGUUCCUUGAGAACCUCUAUACAGGAAAGUACCACCAGAUAGGGCGGUACCUCAUGGGGGAGGCUGAGAUGGAUAACAAGGUUAGGAAGGAGACUCAACAGUAUUGCCUGAGAGCAGGGCACCUCUUUAAGAGGCCGCCUAAGAACGGGAUGCCGAUGAGGGUCGUCUGUGAUGAGGAUGAGCAAAGAGACAUAAUAGCGGAGCUUCACGACGACGUCGUUGGUGGACACAGAGGAGUGAAGGGAACUUUUAAAAAGGUCAGGAAUCUCUAUUGGUGGGAUGGUCUAUAUAGGGACGUGGAAUCAUACUGUCUUACGUGCGUGGAAUGUCAAAAAAGGGUUGUGGUCAAAUAUAAGGAGCCCCUGUUCCCCUCGUAUCCUACAGCGGUAGGUCAGAAAGUUCACGUGGACUUAGUUACGAUGCCCAAGGGAGAAGGGGGAAUGAAUUAUAUCAUUGAUAUUAGGGACGACUUGACCGGAUUUGUAGAGGCAUGGCCACUACGUAAGAAAACUGGCAAGGCUGUUAGUGGGUAUCUGACGGAGUAUAUCACGCGUGAAGCACAGUGGAGAUGGAGUCGACAUCAUCACCAUCUUCUUCAGCAUGUGAGGAGUUGCCGGUUCCAUUUGUCUACUUCCUGCACCAAUUUAGGAACAGAUGAUGUCAAAUGUCAGGGAAGCAGCAAGUGGGGAGCAUGCAGACUGAGAGGAAGUCCCUCACCAGAAGGACGACCGGGUCGUCAAGCUUGGAGUUUCGUAGGAUCAGGCACACAGGACGUUUUACAAUGCAGCAGAGGGACGUUCAAAGUCAGCGUGCAGCAGGCUGAGGCUAAGAGUGCUGAAGAAUUUUCACCCAGUGAGGAUGAAUGCAAGGGGGUUACAGAGACUGGGCGGUUUUCUACAAGCGAUGAGGAGUACGCAGAGCGGCACGCUAUGAAUCGGAUCCUCCAUGACCAUUUAGAUAAUUUUGUCGUGGUAUACCUUGACGACAUUUUGAUCUUUAGUAAGUCUGCCGAGGAGCAUGCACAGCACGUUGAGACUGUACUUUCACUCCUGCGACAACACAAGUAUAAGGUCAACUUAGAGAAGUGUGAGUUUGGUCACACUAAGAUACUAUACUUGGGUCAUGAAGUAUCCACGGAGGGGAUUAGGGCGGAAGAUGCGAAGGUGGCUAGUAUUCGAGACUGGCCACGACCUCGGACAGUCACUGAGGUCAGAUCAUUCUUAGGAAUGUGCGGCUACUAUAGGAACUUCGUUAAAAACUAUUCUACAGUCGCCUCUCCUUUGAUUGAUCUAGCUCGACUUGACAUGCCGUGGGACAGGAGUGAUGAGUGUGAGGGUGCUUUCAAGAGAUUGAAGCAUGCACUCAUGAAUCAUGAGGUCCUCAUGGUUCCUGAUCCUCAGAAGCCAUUCAUAGUGACCACUGACGCAAGCCAAUAUGGCAUUGGCGUAGUGCUGGCUCAGCAGGAUGGGAAAAAGUUGAGACCGAUUAGGUACAUGAGGAAGAAGAUGUCAUCGAAGAAGUUGGCAAAGUCCACCUACGAAAGGGAACUCUAUGCUCUAUACAAAGCACUUGUCCAUUGGAGGCACUUCGUAUUGGGAAGGUUCUUCUACUUGAGGACUGAUCAUCAGACCCUCAAAUGGAUCAAGACUCAACCGACUCUUUCUGAUGCACUCAAGCGAUGGAUUGAGGUCAUAGACCAAUAUGACUUCAAGCUUGAGUAUCUGAAGGGAGAGUAUAACAAGGUUGCUGAUGCGCUAUCACGUAGAGCAGACUACCUAGGUGCACUAGUUUCUGACUUUGGCGUAUCUGAAGAAGUAACUCAAUCAUUGGUGGGAGCCUAUCAGGAAGACCCUCUCACGAUGGACAUCAUGCGCAAACUUCAGGCAAAAGACAAGGCCACGAAAAGACAGAGUGUUUCCAUGGAUUUCAUGGACACCCUCGUGACUAGUAAGAGUGGCAAGAGGCACAUCUUCGUCAUCAUCUAUCGAUUCACCAAGUACGCUAGACUAGUGGCUAUGCUAGAGACCGCAAGAACUGACUAUGUCAUCAAGUUGUUCAAAGACAACUGGGUGCGUGACUUUGGUUUACCAAAGUCAAUCGUUAGUGACCGAGAUGUCCGAUUCACAAGUGAGUUGUGGAAGAAGACUUCAGAACAGAUGGGCAGUCAACUUCAGAUGAAUUUUGGGAAUUAUCCCGGAGCCAACGGACAAGCCGAGCAAAUGAACAGAGUUGUACAGCACUUGCUGAGGCAUUACAUCAAGCCCAGCCAGGAUGAUUGGGAUGAGCAGUUGCCUCUCAUCGCCAGCCUGUACAACAACGCUGUCCACAGCAGUACCGGCGUUAGUCCUAAUCAACUUCACUUGGGAUGGAAGCCUAGAUCAGCAUUAGACUUCCUCCUACCUGAAAAACGACCUGCUGCAACUCCAGGCACACUUGAGUAUGGUGUGCAGUAUGAGAAGUUGCUGGAAGAAGCUGUCGAGCACAUGAAGAAAACUCCGCAAGCAAUGAUUGCUUAUGAGAAUCAACACCGUAGACAAUCCACAUUUCAGAUAGGGGAAAGUGUCUGGGUCAAGCCAGCUGCUCCAACAGAUACGUCCAGCGGGACGCAUCUGUUGCAGCUUCCAUCUCGGCUGCCUCUUGCCUUUUCAACUCUGCUAGCAAGUUCUGCUGUUGCAGCAACUUCUCCUUCAUCUCUUGAACACACUGCCGGGUCGCAGUCAGAGGAGGAGGGGGACUAGAGGAUUGUGGUUCCUCCUUCACCACCUGUCCCUGUGGCUACGACUCCGCACCUUGCUCAUACAUUUUCCCACAGACAAUCAAUAAGUUAAUUGAAC